CCGGUGCCUUUCCUCUGUAAGCCAAUAGAUAACCAUCUAUCGCCAAGUCAAUCCGUAACUGCAGCUCCACAGAACCGUCGACUAUUUGUUGAAAAUGGCGACAUAUCUAGGAGAAGCAACGAUGUUGAAGGAUUAGAACCUCUCUUAUAG